UGUAAAAGUGUUUUUUGUGUGUCUGCGUGUGUGCAAUACGCACGUCCAUCUGGCAUUGCGCGGGCCUCCUAUCACAUUUGCGAGCACAAAAGAAUGAUUUGAUUUAUUUGCGCUGCUGGGUAAAUACAGUGCGACCAUGUGAUCGGCGCCAUAACCAAUAGGCGGCUGAGGAGAAGGUAAGGGCAGGAAAAAAAUUACUACCAUUUUAGGGGAGGAUGGAAGCCACUAUACUGACCCAUCUAAGGUUUUACAGUCGCCUUUAAGUGUCUUUUUUAUUGAAAUAAUAAAAUAAACAUGUCGCUAACAAAUUAUUAUUCCAUGAUGGGGCUGCAGACUGAGGAGCCGUACGGUGCACAUUUCCUCCCAGCAGGCUUGCAGGCGUCGACGGCCGGCUGCGCAAAGCCAUCCCGCGGCGCGGAGGAAGAGGAGGGGACGCCCGGCUCGCACAUUCCGGAUUUUGCCCACUUUCCCAACAAGCAAAGCGCCUUGAAUGGCUUCUCCCCGUGGACGAACCCCCCUUCGGCGUCGUCGCCGUCCUCCCCGCCGCUGCAGGCCGCCCCGGGCGCGUCCAUCACGGGACUUUUCCACCCGCACCACCUCCUCGGCCACCACCACCACCAGCAGCCUCCGCACCUCCAGCCGCAGCAGUCCCCUUACUACCCCGAGCACCUCGCCCCGGCCUCGGAGGGCCGCUUCGUCCGCUGCUGGGAGGGCCCCGGCCCCACCGCGGAGGGCACAUUCGCCGCCUGCCUGCCCCCGGCGCAGGGCUGCCCCUCGAACCCGAGCUCGAGGUACGAGGCGGUGAAACCCGACAGCUCGCCGACUCGGUCGCGCGGAAGUCCCGGGGACUCGACUUUUGCCAGCCCGGGAGAGGUGGUGCUCGAGCGACUGGGGACGGCCGAGGAGCUCCGCCGGAAGCCGGAGCCCAAAAAGGAAGACGAGGACGACGACGACCACGAGGAUGACAGGAGGAAAGGCCGACCUGUGCAGCCGGACCCAGAGAACCCGUCUGCAAGCUGGAUCCACGCCAAGUCCACCCGCAAGAAGCGCUGCCCCUACACCAAGCACCAGACCCUAGAGCUGGAGAAGGAGUUCCUCUACAACAUGUACCUGACUCGGGACCGGCGCCUGGAGGUGGCCAGACUCUUGAACCUGACCGAGCGGCAGGUGAAAAUCUGGUUCCAGAACCGACGCAUGAAGAUGAAGAAGCUGAUGAUCCGGGAAAGGAGGAGCAUCAAUGAAUAGGAUGGGAUGGGGCGGAAUGGGUCGGGGGGAGGGGCAAGUGUAACAUAAGCUUGUGGACAUCUAAAACAAAAAAAUGGACAUUUUUGGGUGCUUCUCCUCAAACCUCGCUGAAUGGACGUUACGGGACUUUUAAGUAACAAUAAAAUUAUAAACUGAAAGACAAAGACGUCCACACUGUGACACAGUUAAGUCCACAUGAAUGCAAAAUAUAUUUUUUGCUUCUGUCCCCACUUGUCGGCAUGGUCUUGUGAGAAUUUAGUAGGAUUUUCUACCCCAAAAAAUGUUCUAAAUUAGUGGCAAAGUGACAUUUUUGGGAGGGGAAACUUGAAAAUGUGCGUUAACGGAUGUUAUGAAAAUGUACCCUAAUCGCUUUGAAAUUGUGGUCAAAUAUUUCUGUCGGAUGAUUUUAUGGUGUGGUUGCUCUGGACACACUUUUUGUACCGUUGCCAAUUAGAUUCUUGUAAUAAUGUGCCUGAAGUUCUCGAAAAAUAUGGCCAAUGAAAUUUCACGGUAAAAGUCAAGAAAUAAUACAAAAUGCUACCAAAUUAUGUCAGAAUGUUAUUUAACGUUCUUUUUUUUUGCAGCACUUUGGUCAUAUUUGUGUAAUCUAACAAAAAUAUUACAAACUAAAAUGAAGACAACCACAACUUGACACACAUGGAAAUGCAAAUUAUAUUUUUUGCCGCCCCUUGUUGGCAUAUUGCAAGAAUUUAGUAGGAGUUGGUACAAAAAUAAUAGCUGCAAUUCAACAUUUUUUGAUAGCGGUAACUUGAAAAAUGAACAACUACACGCCCUAACCACUUUUAAAAUACGGUGAAAGAAUGUGGUACGCUCCGAAACUGUGACGAAACGUCAUAUUUUUGAGUCCGAUUUUGUGCAAUUUGUAGUCAUGUCUUUUGGAAAGUGAUGGAAAUUUUAUGCUUUAAGUACUAAAAUUGUGGCAAAAUAUAAUGGACAAGCUUUUGCCUCGAUUCCCUGUCAGCAUGUUCUUGUGAAAAUUUAGUAGGAUUUUGUACAAAAAGGAAUUUUGUUGAACAGCUAUAUAUUGCUGGAAGUAGUAGUCCAUUUAUGAACAUAAUUUCUGUGGUUAACUGUGUAUUAUUUAUGACUAAAUUAUCGCCACUACAGACUGAAUUAUGUUUGUAAAAUAACGCAUCGUUUCGUAAUCUGUAGCAAUCCUAUGUUACAAAUGUUAUGCCUACCAAAUAAUGUCAAAUAUCAUUGGAACGGCACUGAAAACUGUUUUUGUUGAUUGAAUUUAGUCAAUUUCAUUUCGUCAAGUGGUUGCACGAAAUUAAAUCAUCUGGUACUGGAUACAUCAAAAUCCAAUCCAAUGGUUUUGGAUCCAGAUAGUUUUUGUAUCAUGUCCUACUAAAUUUUCAUUGUGACAUGCACCACCCCCCCCCCCCCCUCCCGUUUUUUAUGUAUGUGAAGUAUUGUAAUUAGUAGAAACUUAAUGUCAACUAAUAGAGCACCAUGUUGAAGAUCACUUUUUGCACAGAUUACUCAUCUAGGGCUGAAGUUUUCGGACAACUUCCUACAAAAAAAAUCUCAUUACGUGUCACCCCCUCCCCCCAAAUUUUUGUAGUAUUGUGUUUAGGUGAAAAACUUAAGUAAUGUAUUAUGUAAAAUAUAAGGAAGUUCAAUUUUGCAUACACAGGCGUAGUCACGCUCUCGUAACACAUCCCGGACUUUUUGUGUGCAAUUUCCGACUCAAUUGCCCUCUGACGCACCCCACGAGUGAUCUCAUGACUUGGCAUGACCCGAAAUGUACAGUAAAGAUGAUUUAUGUCAACACAUAAAACCUCACUGAAAGAGCAACCAAAACACACUCACACCUCACAAAAACAGACACAUAAUUGCAUACAAUUAAAAUGAUUGUAGCAAAUUCUUAUCUAAAAGUGGAUUCUGUAAAUAUUGAGUAUCUUAUGUUAAAUUGUGUGACAUUUGCAUGGCUGGUUAUUGUUUGGUUUAGAGACAAGAAGGCACUAAGUCUCCAUAUUUGGUUUCAUUUGUUACGAGAAAUGUGCUUUUAAAACCAUCAUUGUUUUCAUUCUCUGUGUUAAAUGUGAAAUAAUCGCGACGGGACACAGUAGCAUCACUUUUAAUAUGGCGCGUCGACAUCAUGGGUUGUAUCCAAUGUGAAAUUGUUGUAUACACCAUUUUAUAACAGUCAAGUGACAUGCGUACAUAAUGUGACAGUUAGCAUGUGACUCAAACGUGCGUAACGAGCGAGCAGUCUUUGUCACGCAAGCUAACCGCUGCUGUGUUGUUUUUGUAAACACAAAAGGUACGAUUGUAUAAACAAGCCCAAAAAAAAACCACAAAUGCAAAUAAGUAACCUCACUCCGUUUGUUUAGCGUUAGCAUGUAGCAGAGAGUUGGCGUUUCCCAGUAUACAGCACAUUAGCGAGUAGACUAAAAAUCUAUACGAAACAUAAUCGCCAGCCAAUUGCAGGGCACAGUUCGAAAAACAAUUGACACCAAUGGGAAAUUUCGAGUCUUCACUGAUGCAGAGGCAGGAACUGUGAGACAGAUGUGCUAACCAGGGGCCUACCAUGCUACCCUAAGCUAAACGAUAUCAAGUGUUAUUCCUUUGUUGGUGUGUUGACAUUGUUACUCUUACUCAUUAUGAAAUUCACGAAAAAAAACAUAAUUUUCAUACCACUGACCGCAGUCUUUACUUUGGGCCAAACCACAAGCAAACCAAACGGUUAUUGACAAGUAAACUGUUUGUUUUGAAUCGACUGCUUGUGGCUGAAUAGUUUCUAAUAAGCGAAGGGUUCCCGCAACUUUGACAGCGAAGACGUUGUUGUGACUAUUCAAUCAAAAAUGUUUUUUUUUUUAUAAACUGCAUGUAGAAUUCAAUAGGCAUCAUUGUAUAUUUUGUUGCUAGUCACACAUGCAGGCGUGCACAAACAUUUGUGGUUGCUAGGUGUCAGCUCACACAACACAAAUGUGAAUGUUGCUGCUUCUUUUCUUUUUUUUAUACUUUUGGACACACUCAACAACUCAAUCCAGCCCACAGUGUGUGAGCGUUCCGUGGAAUGUCCGCCACAAAACUGGAGCCCAGAUGUCAUGUCUGCCCCUCCCCACACACUCUUUUGAACACUUAUUAAAUAAAAUGCCCUCUACAACCUCAA